CUCAAGAAGAUGACGCUCACAUCUUGCACGUCCCUGCAAAAAUGAUGACGAGAGACCGUUCAUCCCAUACGUUGUAAUGGUCUCAUGGGCCUUUCCUUGGAUCAGGAGAGUCCAAUAUAUAUUAGAAAUGGGAGGACUCUUUCUCUGCCGUAAACUAUCGUCCAAUAACUUUAAUGUCAGUUGAUGGGGCUUCUGUUAAAGAAGCCAUUGUAACAGAGUAUAAAACUGGAGUCGUGCAUCGUCUGCAGUCAUGGGAGCAACCAGCUGUAGGAUCCAUAGAUGUGACAUACCAAACUUAUGCUCAUCGAGCAAUGCCAGCAUUACUCCUUCAAGAUAUUAAGAUUAUCAACCCCACCAGUCAAGAUACCCUUGUUGACAUUGAACAGAUGGGUCUGGGAGACUGGUUAGGAGCUACCACAGAAACUGUAAAGUUACAACAUGGUGAAGGAGAGCAUGAAUACACAAUUAUUAAGGGGUUUGUAGAAGUACCUGAUUCAUCCAUAUCAUUCCUGUUGCGUAGUGACGCUGAAAGUGCCCGUCCAGCUUAG